UGCAUUAUCCACCGUUAAUAAUUAGCGUGAUAAUUUUCAGAGAGCAUUAAUCAUAUAUCAUUAGACAAAUAUUACAUAUCAGGUAAAUAUUUUAGGAUGAUUUCAUGGACUCUUUGUUCGCCUGACGACAACAAACCUAAUAUUCGAUUUCGAGUUUGCGCAUGCGCUUAAAGCAUGAAAAUGCAAUGCCUGGUCAGUAGCCACCUUUUGAACAGUCAACGCAAUAAAACAGAUCAGUAGUUCAUUUAGUUGUUAUUGUCAGACAACGAGAGAUACAAGCGGCAGCAAUUGAAAGUGUAAAUAAAUCACUUUAUUUACUUAUCAGGGGUUUGUAAAUGGUUUAUUCGGUUUGGUGUACACCUCUAUAAACGGAUCAAAAAUCUUCAAAAUUGUAAGAUUCUUAACUAAAGAUUCUGAUUAUUUUAUCGAGUGUUUCGACCAGUUAUGUCAUUCAUAUUGGAAGUCUGACAGUUUGAGGAACUCACGUCUGUUCUUCUGCAAAGAUGGGGGUUUCAUUUCAAAGUGUUUUUGCAAGUCAAACGAAGAUGGGAAUCGUGCGGAUGAGUUACUGGUUUCUACUACUGUGGAACGGUGUAUGGUGCGCAUGCCCAGAAGGAAAUUGGGUACAGAGAAAGGCAAAUGAGGCCUUCUUUCGCUACGAAAGAGAAACUAAGGACUUUGCCAAUGCUGAGAGUUCAUGCGUUCAAAACGAAGGCAAUUUGGCAAGUUUACAUAACCAGGAGGAAUUUGACUUGGUUGCUACAAUACUUGAAGAAUGCGGUGCACAGGACGCUUGGAUCGGUCUGAAAGACCCAGCCGGCAAGAAUCUAGAGUGGACGGACGAUACGCCAGUGGAUUUCAAGAUCACUGAUACAGAAGUAGAUUUCAAUGAAGAGCACGAGGAGUGUGUCCGAAUGAGGCAAGAGAGGCGUAACCCGUGGCAGUGGUGGGAUAAAGAUUGUACUUCCGAGUAUCCAUACAUAUGCAAGAAAGAUAUAAACGAGUGCACCACAAACGUCCACAACUGCGAUGCAAAUGCCACCUGUACCAAUACGAAGAUGUCUUUCACUUGCACCUGUAAGGAUGGCUUCAGAGGGACGGGUACAACAUGCAGCGAUGUUGAUGAGUGUGCGACGAGGGUGCACAACUGUAUCUUCAUCGCCAACUCCGUCUGCACCAACAACAUUGGGUCCUAUACUUGUCCAUGUACAGAUGGUUAUAGGCAAAAGGGGAUGGCGUGCGAAGAUAUAAACGAAUGCAAUACAAGCACGCGCAGAUGCGAUACAAACGCUGAAUGUACCAACACAGAGGGUUCCUUCACUUGCAAGUGUAAAACAGGCUAUCAGGGCGAUGCAAAGACCAGUUGUACUGAUGUCGAUGAGUGUGCAACAGGACACCACAAUUGUACCUCCAUCGUCAACUCUGUCUGCGCCAACACAAAUGGGUCAUUCACAUGUCCAUGUAAAACUGGCUACGAGAAAGGUGUUUUUAGCUGUGUUGAUAUAAACGAAUGCAAUACAAGCACGCGCAGAUGCGAUACAAACGCUGAAUGUACCAACACAGAGGGUUCCUUCACUUGCAAGUGUAAAACAGGCUAUCAGGGCGAUGCAAAGACCAGUUGUACUGAUGUCGAUGAGUGUGCAACAGGACACCACAAUUGUACCUCCAUCGUAAACUCUUUCUGCGCCAACACAAAUGGGUCAUUCACCUGUCUAUGUACAACUGGCUACGAGCAAGAUGGUUUUAGCUGUGUUGGCUGACCUUCCGCUGUCACUGUUUGACACUACUUCGAUCAGCCAUUACGUCCUGGGAAUUAUGUAUGGACAUGUUACCCAGUGCACUAGUUAACAUACUGCCCUAGCGAACGGACUUGGAACUACUCUCCCAGAGACACUUGCUUUCAUCGCCGUAUGCUCCCACUUCGCAAAGUCUUAGUUUCCUUCAUCACCUCACACGGCUACAUUCACAAUGUCAGACGCCGUAGGCCUAAGUCGUUAUCCCCAAACGUAGCAGUACGUAAGACUUCAGUAUAUUUAAAUAUGUCGAGGAGGUAACAUUUCUUAAUUGUGACGUCACGUACAAAUGCGCUACAAUCAAAGCGCCUAAAACAGUGAAAUGCACAGUCAAAACCGCUGACAGGAGGCGUGGUAUUAGUUGUUUUUAUAAUUUUGCCGGUAGGUGGCGUCCUUUUGACCACGAAUAUCGCUCGGUUGGACAUAUCUGCGUUAAACAAAACAGAACGUUACGAAGACCAGCUAUAUGUUUGGGCUUUAUUUCAAUCGGACUUUAUUACUUUCCAAAUGACGGCUGAUAACAUGGGCUUGAACGAUGUCAAAAUGGCAUCGUCACCAUUGGAAGGUAUAGAGUGGACCCCCUCCCCCAUCAAAGAUUUGAUAUACACUUUCUUGGAUUGUCGUUCUGACAUUAUUCUGACGUCAUUUAGAUUGAUGUCAGAAUAGUGUCUACUAUUAGUAGUAGUAGAAGUAGUGACAGCAUAUGUCAUUUGAUAUGUAAAUACGACAUUAAUCAACGGAUCGAUAUAAAUCUGAUCACAACAAUAGCGUUUAAUCUCACAUCAUGCUGUGGAAAACGAGGUCAAAUGAUGUUUUAUCCCGGCAGACUUUACAAUAAACCGUCAGUAUGACAUUAUCAGAACAUGUCACAUUAUCAGAAUAUGUCAGACUGAAUUUUCUUGUUUACAUAUAAUUAUAUCAAGACCUUACCUAUUCGUUUAAACAUAUUGUGAUAUGGACUGUCAGGCAGCGUGACAAUAUCACAGGACUUCAAUUUCACUCCGCAUCCGCUGUUAGGUUUAUAUUGAAAUGCACGACAUUUUGGGUAUUUGUUACACAUAGCAAUGCACAGGAUAAACGACAAACCAUGACGAUUGACGGUGUAAAAAUCAUUCCCAUGACAGUCACCCCUGCGAUGUGUAUAGCCAGCGGGAACAGAGAGCAGAUCUGUAAUGAUAUUCAAUAUUCGACACAACUUACGUACGGUUCGCCCCUUUUUAAAACAGUACUGGUCAUUGCACAGAAAACAAAGAAGAGCAGCAAAACAGCAUACUU